UCCGUAUCCCGAAUUUACGAUUCUCCUUGCCUCAAUUGAUAGCCCGGAAAUCUCCAUUUCGGAGAGUAAAGCUCCCAGGCAGGAUAAAGAGCACGCGACAGUGACGCGAUAGCUAUCCGAUAACAACUGCACCCCUCUCGGCCGUAAAAGAAAGAGCAACGAUCGAACCAACAAGAAAUGGCGAGCACAAGCGGAAAGAUAGAAAGGGCCGGGGCGAGGAAGAUUGAAUUAUUCUCUGGGUCGUACUUCGCUGCCUGCACAAUGGGUGGAAUCAUCGCUUGCGGUCCUACACAUACAAUGGUCACACCUCUAGACUUGGUGAAAUGCCGCCGACAAGUUGACGACAAGCUCUACAAGUCCAACACACAAGCCUGGAAAAUGAUCUAUUCCAAAGAAGGCCUCCGCGGCGUGUUCUUCGGCUGGACGCCUACCUUCGUUGGCUACUCGCUGCAAGGUGCCGGCAAAUACGGCUUCUACGAGGUCUUCAAGUACCUGUAUGGCGACAAGCUCGCACCCAAUGCCAACAAAACCGUUGUCUACCUCGCUGCCUCGGCCUCUGCGGAAGCUCUAGCCGAUAUCGCACUGUGCCCGCUCGAAGCCAUCAAGGUCCGCAUGCAGACUACGCUACCGCCAUUUGCGCAUAGCUUGAGAGAAGGCUGGAGCAAGGUCGUCAGCCAAGAGGGUUAUGCUGGGCUGUACAAGGGAUUGUACCCUCUGUGGGGACGCCAGAUUCCGUACACUAUGGUGAAGUUCACUUCGUUUGAGAAGACGGUGGAGCAGAUCUACAAGUACCUUGGAAAGCCUAAGGAAUCGUACAACUCCCUACAGCAGACGGGUGUGUCGUUCCUGGGUGGUUAUAUUGCUGGUAUCGGAUGUGCGGUUGUCUCGCACCCUGCUGAUGUCAUGGUUUCCAAGUUGAAUUCGGACCGCAAACCAGGAGAAGGCGCUGGCCAGGCCAUGGGCAGAAUUUACGGCAAGAUUGGCUUCGGUGGCCUCUGGAACGGCCUCCCCGUUCGUAUUUUCAUGAUCGGUACCUUGACGGCAUUCCAGUGGCUGAUCUACGAUUCAUUCAAGGUCUACCUUGGCCUGCCCACGACUGGUGGCCACUAGAGGAGUAAACCACUUUUCAUUCGAUGCUUAGACGAUUAGCAUGGCGCUUGUAGAACGAGAUAGUCAUGUUCAUGUUUGGAUUUCAGUGAAGCACUCUAGAGGAGUCCUGUGCAAGGCGCCCGGCGUUUGUACCGUUACAGGGUUUCGGGAAAGGUUA